UUGAAGAGUCGGCAGAGAAACAAAACAAGCAAAAGCACAGAAAAAUAGUGAGACGGAAAGAAUCGACAGAGAGCAAAGGAAUAAUAACCCCAAGAAUCCCCCUCUCCCUGUUGCAUUGCAAUGGCUCUUGCCUUUCAGCUGAACUUCUCAAUCAAAAUUCCAGAAUUACAGCACGCAAAGGUCAGGGUUAGUUCUAGGCUUUCUUCAAGAUCAUUUGUUGUAUGUGCAAGCUCCGAAGCAGCUUCAAACUAUAUUCCUAAAGCUCCCAUUCUUCUUCCUGAAGGACCAUGGGAACAGGUCCUUGGUGGUGUUACUGCUCCAAAAGGAUUCAGAGCAGCCGGCAUGUAUGGUGGACUGCGUGCAAAGGGUGAGAAACCUGAUCUGGCUCUUGUAACAUGCGAUGUGGAUGCUGUUGCAGCAGGAUCAUUUACUACAAACAUUGUGGCUGCUGCUCCAGUACUCUAUUGCAGGCACAUCUUAGACAACUUUUCAGCAGCACGUGCAGUUCUAAUAAAUGCUGGCCAGGCAAAUGCUGCAACGGGUGAUGCAGGUUACCAGGAUGUAAUAGAAUGUGCAGCUGCCUUGGCCAAGCUUCUUCAGAUUCAACCAGAAGCAAUAUUAGUAGAAUCCACUGGUGUCAUUGGCCAAAGAAUAAAGAAGGAGGCUCUUUUAAAGUCACUUCCAAAGCUAACUAGUUUGCUGUCAUCAACAAUCGAAGGGGCAGAUUCUGCUGCUGUAGCCAUUACAACAACUGAUCUUGUGAGCAAGAGUGUGGCCGUUGAGACUGAGAUCGCAGGGGCCCGUAUAAAAGUCGGGGGGAUGGCUAAAGGCUCUGGCAUGAUCCAUCCAAAUAUGGCAACCUUGCUUGGUGUCCUAACAACUGAUGCACUGGUUGAGCCUGAUGUGUGGAGAAAAAUUGUACAGAUUGCAGUUGACCGGAGUUUCAAUCAAAUUACUGUCGAUGGGGAUACCAGUACAAAUGAUACAGUUAUUGCAUUAGCAAGUGGAUUAUCUGGAUCUACACGAAUUUCCUCAUUAGACAGACAUGAGGCCAAACAACUUCAAGCUUGUGUCGAUGCAGUGUUGCAAGGUCUGGCGAAGUCAAUAGCAUGGGAUGGUGAAGGCGCGACAUGCCUAGUUGAGGUAACAGUUACUGGCACGAAUAGUGAAGAAGCAGCAGCAAAGAUUGCACGAUCCGUAGCAUCCUCCUCCCUUUCCAAGGCUGCAGUAUAUGGCAGAGACCCAAACUGGGGUCGCAUUGCCUGUUCUGUUGGGUAUGCAGGGGUUCCUUUCAUCCCAAAUGAACUUCGCAUAUCUCUUGGAGGAAUUCUGCUUAUGGAUGGAGGUCAACCUUUGCCAUUUGACAGGACUGCAGCCAGUGCAUAUCUCAAGCACGCUGGAGAGACACAUGGCACAGUUGAAAUUUGUAUAUCCGUAGGCUCAGGACCAGGGAAGGGUCAAGCUUGGGGGUGUGACUUGAGCUACGAUUAUGUCAAGAUAAAUGCAGAGUAUACAACGUGAUAAGCACCAAGCUGUGAGAACUUUCACUUGUUUUUGCCUCUCAGGUUAAAGUUCUGAACAGAGAGAAAGAGAGUUCCCAGCUGCUUCCUUGUUGCAGUUUUCGAGAUGAGAUCGAGAUCAAGAGAGAGGAGUGUAUGUUCCAAAAGUGAAAGUUUUAGUCUUGUAGUCCAAAUCCCUCUCUCAAAGAGAGAACCCAAGCUCAUUUGGAGCUACGUAUGAACACUGUUGGCCGUAUUAUGGUCUCAACACUCUCUCUCCAAGUUAAUUAUUAUUAUUUUUAUUAUAUA